AUGGCCUCAUUGAUCAUCGGCGCCGGCAUCUUGACCUACGUCCAUGUCAAGGACAGGAAGGCGAAGAAGCUCGAGAAGGCACGUGAAGCACAGGACGCGCGUUAUACCGAGCUCCAGAUGGGUCAUACACCAUUCCAAGCUCAGCACGGUCAACCUACCAUAGUGGUUGGACAGGCAAAAGACAUGUUUGCAGAGCCUCCAGCCUACACCGAGGCCUUGCCACGACGGAGUGCCAUACUGGCUACUGGCCUUGGAAUGGACCUGUUGUUCUCGCUGAAGCCCAGCAGUCUACUUGAUGUCGGCCUCGUGUUACUGGUCGUUGGAUAUGGCCUUGUCACGGCUUUCCAACGGCUAUUUCUCAGCCCAAUCAGGCAUUUUCCUGGUUCAAAACUGGCCGCUCUGACCAGGUGGUACGAGUUCUACUACAAAGUGGUCCUCAAAGGCCCAUACACAUUCCAAAUCCAGAAGCUUCACAAGCAGUAUGGCCCCAUCAUCCGCGUGACGCCCAAUGAGAUCCAUGUAGACAGAUACGAGAACCCGCAUUUCUAUGAAGAGCUGUUUGUGGAAAGCGGCGAGCUGGACAAGCCCGACUACUUCUGCAACCGCUUCGGCACUGAUAAUGCCUUCUUCACCACCUCUGGUCAUGAGCACCACAAGCUCAGACGCGGUGCCGUUGCCUCCUUCUUCUCCAAGCGUCGAAUUACGGAUUCUCAAGCUAUGAUUCGGGAGAAGCUGAGCAUACUUACCUCCAAGCUUGCGGCCUAUAAGCAGAGCGGGAGGAUUGUUCGAAUGGACCGGGCAUUCACAGCUCUGGCAGGAGACGUUGUGACCGAGUUCUGUUUUGGAAAGACGUAUGACCACUUGAACUCACCCGACUUCACCGAAACCUUUCAUGAAGCAAUGGCUGGUGCUUGGUACGUUCGAUCCCAAAUCAUCGACCUUCCUCAACUGUGGCCACUUCUGAAUAGCCUGCCAGGACGGCUGGUUAUGAAGUUGGAACCGUCCUUCCAUCUGCACAUCCAGAUCCAGAGGGACUUCGAGAAGACCAUCACGGAGCUCAAAGAGGGCCGCCAAGCAUCCAACGCUACGGUCCUGCGGCUACAGCAGGAGGCUCAGGUCAUCAUCGAUGCAGCUAUUUUGACAACAUCAUGGGCCUUGUCAAUGGCGGCAUUUCAUCUGGUCAACGAACCCGCCCUCGCUGAAAAAAUUCGACUAGAAUUGCUCCAAGUGGUGCCCGACUCUUCGGCUCCAUCAGAUUGGCAACAGCUUGAGCGCCUUCCUUACCUGACCGGCGUUGUGCGUGAAGGUAUCCGUCCGGCCCACGGCAUUGCCUCUCGCAUCCCGCGCGUCGCUCAUCGAGAUGUGGAGUUCAGGGGUUGGACGAUUCCGGCCGGCACGCCAAUUUCCAUGACCAUCGUCGACAUGAAUCACAAUGAGGAUGUCUUUCCUGCAUCGUUCGAAUUCAGGCCUGAGCGCUGGAUGGAAGAUCGCAAAUACAAUGGCAACAGCCUCGAGAAAUAUUUCGUUGGAUUUGGCAAAGGGCCACGGUCGUGUUUGGGAAUGAAUUUAGCGACGUGUCUUCUGUAUCAAACACUGGCCACGGUAUUCAGAAGGCACGAAUUUGAGGUGUAUGAGACUGAUGUGUCGGACACAAGGUUAGCUCACGAUUACUUUAUGCCGGUACCAAGAUUGGAUUCCAAGGGUAUUCGCAUGAGAGUUGUGUCUGUCUGA